AUGCUAUUUAAAGUGAUAAAUAUUAUUACACUAUGUUUUAUAUCUUGUUGUUUUGCUCUUGAUAUUCAAGUUAAUGAUAAAGAUUCAAUAUGUGAGGCAGCCAAAAUAGUUCAAGAAGGUAUGUGGAAUUAUUAUGAAGGUACAAAUUAUGGUGGUACUGUUGGUAUGUUUGCUCCUCCAAAUUAUUGGUGGAACGCUGGUGAAGCUUUUGGUGGGUUAGUUGAUUAUUUUACUUAUUGUGAACCAACAAAUAAUACCCUCAAAGAUUUAAUUAAAGAAGGUAUGUAUCAUCAAGCUGGUGAAAAUUAUAAUUAUAUUCCUUCGAAUCAAUCAAUGACUGAAGGUAAUGAUGAUCAAGGUGUUUGGGGUAUGGCAAUUAUGGAAGCUGUUGAGCGUAAUUUUACUGAUCCUGAUUCACAUUCUUGGUUACAAAUGGCACAAGCGAUUUUUAAUACAAUGAAUGCGAGAUGGGAUACUGAUCAUUGUGGAGGUGGUUUAAGAUGGCAAAUUUUUACUUGGAAUUCUGGUUAUGAUUAUAAAAAUUCAAUUUCAAAUGGUUGUUUAUUUCAUAUUGGGGCAAGAUUAGCAAGAUAUACUAAUAAUCAAACUGAAUAUGUUGCUGUUGCUGAAAAAGUUUGGCAAUGGAUGGAAGAUGUUGGGUUUUUAACUGAAGAAGACAAUAAUAAUACAAGAAUUUUAGAUGGUGCAAAAAUCAAUGAUGAUAAUAAUACUUGUGGUAAAGUUACUGAUUUAAGAUGGUCAUAUACUUAUGGUGUUUUUAUGGCUGGCUGUGCUUAUUUAUAUGACUUAACUCGAAACGAUACUUGGUUAUUAAGAACUGAAGAAAUUGUUGAUGCUUCAUUAAGUUAUUUUUUCACAGAUGAAAGAAUUAUGCAAGAGACAACUUGUCAACCACAUAAUUUAUGUAAUAAUGAUCAAAGAUCAUUUAGAUCAUUAUUUUCAAGAUGUUUAGGAUUGACUGUUGCUUUAAUUCCUGAUUUGAAAGAUAAAAUUGAACCUUAUUUACAAGCUAGUGCUCAAGGUGCGGCUGCAUCGUGUAGUGGUGGUACUGAUCUUGUUACAUGUGGUGAAAGUUGGUCUCUAGGUACAUGGGAUAGAGGUAUGUAAUUACUACAAACUAUUUUUUCAAUAAUAUUACUAACUUUUUCACCAGUAUAUGGCCUUGGUGAACAAAUGAAUGCAUUAGAAGUGAUGUUGGCAUUGAUUGCUGAAGAACCAAUAUCUAUUGAAACUGGUGGUUCAAAUAGAACUGAUUAUUCUGCUGGCACAGGUACUGAAGAUACUGAAAAUAAAAAUAAAAUUAAUAUUACAGGCAAAGAUAGAGCUGGUGCUGGUGUAUUAACAGCUAUAGUAUUAGCUAUUAUUGUAGGUGGUUCAGUCUGGAUGCUUUUUUAA